GUCUUCUCAUCGUUGACUAAGGUUAUCUCCGUCAUUUGAGUGUUUCAUACACGGUCUCUAUCGUCUAUCGUCUUCUCCCAUUAUAUAUUAUCUUUGAGUUAAUUAUCACUCCAGCAAAGGGGAAACAAAAAAAAAACUGCUAAAAAUAAAUAAUCUCAGCCACCGUUGGGGUUACAUCCGUAAAUUUCAAUAAAAAUUUCGUUCCCAGCCGUAAAAUAAAUAAUCUCAGCCACUGUUUCAGUGUAAAUCUCAGCCACCGUUGUGAAAAUAAAGUGAUCUCCGGUGUGAUGAAACUGAAUCGAGGCGGUGGAGAGCACGGCUACAACCACGAGGCUCUAAAGCUUUCUAGCUUAACCUUCACGCCUGAGCGGCCACGUGACUACCUCGUGCUCUUCACUCGCUUAUCCAUCCUCACGUGCCUCAUCGUCUCCGUCUCUCUCGUUCUCCGCGCCACUUUCUCUCCCACCUCCGCACCUUACUACUCCUCCUCCUACCGUCUCCGUUUCCCAACCGUAUCUCAAAAAGCCUUAGCCAUCCCUCCGACGAGAUCCACCGGACCGAUCAACAUCUCUCACAUCCAGUUCUGCAUCGCCGGAGCAGCCGAGACAUGGCUCGAACGGAGCCGUUACACCUCCCUGUGGUGGCGAAACUCAACCCGUGGAUUCGUCUGGCUCGAUAAACCGGUUAACACCCCUAAAAACAACUCCGAUGAUAACCGGUUCUCAAUCCCGGUUCGAGUUUCCGAUACGACCUGGACUCGGUUCAGAUUCUCCAGCUCACAGCCCGCGGUUCGCAUCGCACGCGUCGUAUGGGAUAGCUACCGGCUGAAUCUGCCCGACGUGAGGUGGUUCGUGAUGGGGGACGACGAUACCGUGUUCUUCACGGAUAACCUCGUCAAGGUUCUCUCCAAGUACGACCACGAGGAGAUGUGGUACGUCGGGGGGAACUCGGAGAGCGUUGAGCAGGACGUGAUGCACGAUUACAAUAUGGCGUUUGGCGGGGGAGGAUUCGCGGUUAGCCGCCCGCUCGCGGCGCGUUUGGCGAAGGCGAUGGACGGUUGUCUAGAACGGUAUUUUUAUUUCUACGGUUCGGAUCAGAGGAUCGCGGCUUGCGUUAGCGAGAUUGGCGUUCCGUUCACCGAAGAACGCGGGUUUCAUCAGCUUGACAUAAGACGAGAUCCAUACGGGUUUCUAUCUGCACAUCCACUGUCACCGCUUGUAUCGCUGCAUCACCUCGAUUACUUAGACCCAUUGUUCCCUAACAAAACCCCCAUUGAGUCGUUACAAACCCUUAUGAAACCUUACAUCUUAGACCCUCAUCGGAUACUCCAACAGAUUAACUGCCAUGACCACAAGCGUACAUGGUCUAUAUCCAUCUCUUGGGGAUACUCCAUUCAGAUCUACACUUACUUCAUAACCGCUAAGGAUCUAGAGACGCCGUUGCAGACCUUCAAAACGUGGCGGUCUUUUAGCGAUGGGCCUUUCACGUUUAACACGCGGCCCUUGAAGCCUGACCCUUGUGAGCGUCCCAUCACUUACUUCAUGGAUGGAGCAGAGGAUGUACGGGAUAGUGGGACGAAAACUUGGUAUAGCGUAGCGGAUAAAAAUUAUGGUCAGUGCGGAAAGAGUGAGUAUUCCCGAGUUACCAAAGUGAAGAGGAUAUUGGUGACUUCAAUGAAGAUGGAUCCUGAGUAUUGGAACAAGGCACCAAGGAGACAGUGUUGCGAGGUGUUGGAAGGAGGAAGAGGAAAGGAGGUAGAAAUGUCAAUAAGGAUUAGGAAGUGUUCAUCUUUGGAGAUGAUAUAAAGAAACUAAAUCAGAUAAUAUUUUAAACAGUUUUAGUACGAAACCGAAAGAUUCCGGUUAUGGUUUGAUUACAACUUACAACCAAGUCAACUGAAUCAGAACCAAAAAAUAGUUUAAGCAAUCUUAGGCUCUUUGAGAGAGAAAAUAGAGAACCCUAAUUCCCUAGAGAAGACUCGACUUCUUUCUAUGUUGAUAUUAUAUCUCACUUUGCUAUGCAUGUAUCGUGUAUGAUAAGAGCAUACACAAGUUGGCAAGCGUAGAUGAUUCUUCUUAUUACAACAUUGAUUUUGGCGUAGUUCAAAAAAAAAAGAAACAUUGAUCUUGGUAACUCGGGAGCUACGACAAGAUUUUACUCUCAUGGAGCUACGACAAGAUUUUACUCUAAACUACUCCACUUUUCUUGCUUCUGAUGAAUUCCUUAAGCUCUGUAAACUUCUUCUUACACUGAACCACCGUUUUCCCAGGAAUAGCAGCAGCUACUCUCUCCCAU